AUGGAGGAGAAGGCAGGGAGGAAGUCUUGCUCAAGCCAGGAGAAAAAACAAAACAAAACAGAGAAGGCCCUGGUGCUGACACCCACACUGAGGGAAGUGGGCCUGGGGGGAAGUGGGCUGCAUGGGAUCCUUCUCUCUCCUAGGUUUGAACAGGCCAUCCAGGCAGCCAGCCGGGUCAUUCGAAAUGAGCAGUUUGCCAUCCGACGCUUCCAGUCUCUGCCAGUGAGGCUUCUGGGCCACAGCCCUGUGCUACGGAACAUCACCAACUCCCAAGCACCAGGCAGCUGGAGGAAGAGUGAGGCAUGCAGCCAAGCUGCCCACAGCUCUGGGGAGGACAAAGAGAAUGAUGGAUUUGUCUUCAAGAUGCCAUGGAAGCCCACACAGCCCACCCACACCCAGGCUCUGGCAGAGUGGGCCAGCCGCAGAGAAGCCUUUGCCCAGAGACCAAGCUCUGCCCCCAACCUACUGUGUCUCACCCCAGAGCGGAAAAUGGAGGUAGAGGAGCUGAGUCCCCUGGCCCCAUGUCCCUUCUCCCUGACCCCCACCAAGGGGGCUACCGAGGAAGAUGAUGGGUUUGUGGACAUCCUGGAGAGUGACUUAAAGGACGAUGACUCGGUCCCCCCAGGCAUGGAGAGCCUCAUUAGCGCCCCACUGGUCAAGACCUCAGGAAAGGAAGAGGAGCAGGACCUCAUCAUGUACAGCAAGUGCCAGCGGCUCUUCCGCUCACCGUCCAUGCCCUGUGGCGUGAUCCGGCCCAUCCUCAAGAGGCUGGAGCGGCCCCAGGACAGGGACUGGCCCAUUCAGAGCAAGCGGAGGAGGAGUGUGACCCCUCCCGAGGAGCACUGUGAGGCCGAGGAACAUAAGGCCCGUGUCCUCCGUUCAAAGUCCUUGUGUCACAAUGAGAUUGAGAACAUCCUGGACAGUGACCACCGAGAACUGAUUGGCGAUUACUCCAAGGCCUUCCUCCUACAGACUGUGGAUGGAAAACACCAAGACCUCAAGUACAUCGCACCAGAAACGAUGGUGGCCCUGCUGACAGGCAAGUUCAGCAACAUCGUGGAGAGGUUUGUGAUUGUGGACUGCAGAUACCCCUAUGAGUAUGAAGGAGGGCAUAUCAAGACGGCUGUGAACCUGCCCCUGGAACGGGAUGCUGAGACCUUUCUGCUACAGAGCCCCAUCAUGCCUUGCAGCUUGGACAAGAGAAUCAUCCUCAUUUUCCACUGUGAAUUCUCAUCUGAGCGGGGGCCCCGCAUGUGCCGUUUCAUCAGGGAACGAGACAGAGCUGCCAACGACUACCCCAGCCUCUACUAUCCCGAGAUGUAUAUCCUCAAAGGCGGCUACAAGGACUUCUUCCCACAGCAUCCGACCUUCUGUGAGCCCCAGGACUACCGGCCCAUGAAUCACGAGGCCUUCAAGGAGGAGCUGAAGACCUUCCGCCUCAAGACGCGCAGCUGGGCUGGAGAGCGGAGUCGGCGGGAGCUCUGCAGCCGCCUGCAGGACCAGUGAAGGGCCAGUCACAGUCCUGCCUAUGUUCCUUGCCUCAUGUGGCCUGGGCACCAGCCACCUAGGGGCCUGCAGGGCUCAGGGGUUGUGGAGGCCCCCCAGUGCUGUCCAGGGGAAAGAUAGUGAGGGUGUCUUAUCUGUCUGCCCCCAGCUCUGGUCCCCUUGUCUCACUCCAGUCACACUCCAUGUCCUGGUGCCACCUCCUGCCCCAGCCCAGCCCCUGGUCACAUGGUGAAACUGGAUUAAGUCCAGCUCAGAGGAAGUAUUUUGUGUCCAACCGGAGCCUUUUUUGCUUUUUUCUUCCUUGUUUGGGUUAACCUUUUGUCUUCCUGCAUCCAGGAAAGCCCCCAUGUUUCUCAGGGCAUUGUUUGUAUGUAUGAGGCUGGAGAAAGCCACAGCCCCCAGGAUGGGCCAAAGGUGCUACAUUCCUCCCUGCCCUAUGUCAGCGCUGUGUCCCAGGCAAUGGACAGCAUUCCAGGGUGUGUCUGCCGUGUUUGUUCCCCUCCCUUUCCUUUUUUCCUGUCCUUUCAUACAGACAUCCUCAGCACAAACAGAAGCUCUUACUUGUUUCAGUGUUACCUGCACGCUUGAUUGUCUGUCUCAUGUCUUGCCCGUCUCAGGACAUUCACAGGCUGAGGUUUAGGCUUCCCCGUCCAACUGGGGUUAGAGACUCAAACAUUAAUCACCCACUGUGCCCUGGCUUCUGUUGCCUCAGAAAGGGACAUUAUUAUCCUCAGGGGCCCCUGAACCAGGGCAAAGGCCUGCAGCCUGAGCCUGCUGGAAGCCCAGCCCCCACUGCUGUGAACUCUGGGGUCUGACUGGUCAGAACUUGCUGCUCUCUUGUUGCGGAUGGAUAGAUGGACAAAUGGAUGGAUGAUGGAUGCACAAUGCCUUGCACACAUAAAGCACUGAGUGGAAGCAUUUCAGCGUGCAUGGCAACCUGUGGCAGGUAUAUGUAUGUGUCUGCCAGUGUCGACAAAGUUCGUACACUUUAAGGUUUGGAAAUAUUCAGGAGAUGUGAUAGAAGCAGUGAAACCAAGGACAUAGCCACAUCUGGAUUCUGAAUCUCAGGCUGUGGGGAGGCUGUUUGAAGUCCUUGAUGAGUCAUCCAUUAGGGCCUUGGUUCAAUAAAGCACUGAGUGAGUUGAGUAA